AGUGAAUUAGCUCCCCACCUGAAUCCGCUAUCCGCCUACCAACAUCCUCCAACUAACCACAUCUUACUAACUACCUCAUCGGGCUUCGUCGUCAGCGGCGGAUUCACCUGAAAGGAUUCUUACCUUCUUCAACCUUCUACAUACACCAUUCCGAUCACCCCGCCAUUUAAUGGCUAUUGAUGUAUAGAUGAGGAACACCAACUACAUAUUCAAUCUCAUUUGAUAUUUAAUAUCGGCAAUUAGGAAUAUAGGAACAAACUGAUACUAAGCCAGCCAACAUGAGCGUCGGCGACCUCUUGAACCAGUUCGACGACGGACUAGGUUCGCUCCUAGGCCAAUGGAACAGCUACUCAACCGCUAUCGCAACGGUCUUCGUGCUGAUUAUCACAUAUGCUAUUAUGAACAGAGUGGAGCCCGAGACUCAUCCUAUGCUUCUCGCGCGUCAGGCUUCAGGUUCAGCUGUCCGGAAUGAAGGGGAAUCGCCUAUAUAUCGUGGAAACUCGGCUCCUCAUGGUCUCCCACUUAACGGCGGUCUAAAUGUUAAGGACCCGGGCGCAUCAAAAUGGGCGGCCGGACGAGACGGAGACCUACGGGAUAUCUGGCGCAGAGCCGUCACGGGAUCUCCGGAAGGAGAUGGACCUAAGACUAAGGGCGGUAUCUCGACUGUGCUGGGGAGCGAAAAAGUCAUAAAGCAUGACCUUAAUGAUAUCACUCGGCAGAUCAACCUUGUUGGCAAGCACAUCGCCUCUCAAGGCGGGAAGAAGGUGGCCAUCUACCUUCCCAACUCUGUCGAAUUCAUCGCUACUUUGUUUGCUGCCAGUUUCCACAACCUGACUGCUAUCCUGUUGCCGUUCGACCAGCCAGAGGAUGCGGUCAUUUCGAUGCUUCAGAGGUCUGGUGCCGACACCGUUGUUACCGCACCUGGCGCUUUCCCCUUCGACAACGCUGUUAAGAGCUAUCCCGGUCUCCGUCAGCUUAUCUGGGUCGUCGACGAGGGUAACAAGCACCUUGACUGGAACGAGGUUCCCAAGGGCAUCGGCGGCAGCGUCAACGUAUCCACCUGGCAGGACAUCCUCAAUGACAACCCCAUCACAGCCGGCAGAGAGCUCCCCGAAGCCGACCCCAAGGCUGAGAUCCAAGACGUUAUUAUCUUCUGGCAAUCCAAGCCAGGUACCCUGGAGGAAAUGGUUCGAUUCACGCAAGGCAACCUGGUCUCCGCCAUUUCCGCUCAGCUUACUGCCAUCCCGCAGAAAGAGCGCUUCUCCCCCUCUGACCUCUUCCUCCCCACAGCCCCGCUAUCCUCCUCCUUCCCGCUCGUCCUCACCCUCGCAGCCCUGUACUCCAACGCUCCUGUGGCAUUCAACUCUGUAGCCGGCACAUCGCCCGACCUAGCCCUGGCUACUGCUGGCAUCGCCCCUAGCAUCAUCGUCGCGACCCCGCAAACCCUCAAGGCCACCCACGGCGAAACCAUGUCCAAGAUCAACUCUUCCUUCCUCUCCCGCCUCUCCCACGGCUUCCAGACCCGCAGCCUGACGCAGGACGGCGCCAUGCCGACGUCCGGCUUCUGGGCCUCGUAUAACGACGCGCUGCGCCCGCAAAUCGGCACCGAGCCCAAGCUCCGCCUCGUCUACGUCGCGGAGCCAGCGGGCGCGGACGCGCCCAAGCUCAGCGAAAAGGUCCUCAGCGACCUGCGCGCGGUGACGCGCGCCCGCGUCAUCUACGCCCUCGCUGCGCCCCGCGUCGCCGGUGCCGUCUGCCAGACCCUGUUCCACGACUACCGCGUCCUCGGCGACGGUAGCGGCGUCCACUUCGGCCCGCCCGUUAGCUCGGUCGAGGUCCUGAUGAAGGAUAGCGGCGCGCGAAAGAUCACGGACGAGAGCUACGCCGGCGAGAUUGUGGCGCGCGGGCCGGCGGUCGCGGGGGCGGAGGCGGCGCUGGGGGUUGAGGGGGCGGUUAGGAUUGAUAAUGUUAUUACUUAUGUUUAGCUGGUUUGACUGCUUGAUGUUUGACUCUGGCCGCGAGGGUUUUUCUCGGGUUGGGGGUUGGACGAUGAUGGAUUGACUGCAUUGGAUUGGAUAGGGUAUAGGGAGGAUGGAUGGGGUGGAAUGAAAUGGUAUGGGAUGUUGAUGAUCAGAUUGGGCGAUGACCUGGUCUGAGGGGACCGUAGAGCGAAGUUGUGGAUUCUUAUGUAGUUCAGCGGACGCCGUUACGUUAUGUUAUCUACGUAAUGAGAUGCUGUAUGUUUCUAGAUACGUUAUGUUCAUGGUUAAAAAUUGAGAGGUAAGGCAUUUUCGUUUAUGUUGUAUGUAUCAUUUACCCCUGUUCCGUUCGAUACUCUAUGCCGCAAGAUGAUAUUAUUUUAG